UGGCUGGAAGGAAACCGGUCGGGCAGGUGUGUAAACUGCUGGGCAUGUCCGACUUGGAUAAAGAUUCAGAUUGAAGUGUACAGGAUGUGAACAAGCUCCACCCAUACGGUGACACCUCAACUCUCCGCUUGUCUUGCAAUCACUGAUUCCGAUGGCAACUCUUAACCCGAAUGAGCCGCCUCCUCCUUACUACUCAGUCGCUGUGCACACCCAGCCCCCCCUCAAGUCCUAUGAAGAGGUGGUGUACGGCGUGGGUCCGGGCCAGAUCCCCGCCAACCAGCCACAUUACAUUCCUCAGUAUGCGCCACCUGUGGCUGCACCCCAAGUAACACAGUCAAGCUUGCCCCCUAGGAGCAGGAAGAGAGGGUGCUGUAAGAAUAAUGUCCAUUGUUACGGAGGGUCAUGUGCUGCCUUUAUCCUCGUCGCCCUGCUGGCUGUUGCCAUCUGGCUCGGAGUGCAAUAUGGCACCAGGGUGUUAUCCCAAGGGCUUAUCAACAACAAUGACCAGCAAAAUGAAGUGAUGGACGACAGCCCGCCUUUACUGAUAGACAGCUGCCCCAAUACUACCAUAGAGUGUGAUGGGGUCAGGGACUGUGAGCUGGGCUCUGAUGAAAUGGACUGCGUGAGGUUUUCGAGUAGAAAUAGACUGGAAGUCAGGACCUCCCAAGAUGGCCGCUUUCUUCCCAUCUGCUUCGAUGGUUGGGACCAGAACAUUGCUGACCAGACGUGCGCCCAACUUGGGUUUAGAAUGUCUUAUAGCAACACAAAUAUCACAUCCCAGGACUCCCUUGGACUGAGAGUGACCAACAGAUUGUCCGACUCCCUCCAGGGCCAGGUUGAAGUCAGUUCCUCCUGUCCGGAUCAAAACACAGUCUCCCUGCAGUGCGUCGAGUGCGGCAAGCAGCAGUCUACAUCUCGCAUUGUAGGGGGGAGCAUUGCACAAAGGGGUCAGUGGCCGUGGCAGUUAUCGCUGCAGUUUCAAGGCUCCCACGUGUGCGGAGGAGUCCUGAUAGCUCCUGAUUUUGUGCUGACUGCUGCUCACUGCUUCCCGAGGAGCAACCCCUCGAUGCUUUUGCCACAGUUCUGGCGAGUGUACGCAGGCGCGCUGUCUCUGAACAAUCUACCUGAACCCUUCAUGGUGGAGAAGAUCAUCCUCAAUGUAAACUACGACGACAGGACCAACGAUCAAGACAUCGCUCUGCUCAAACUUGCAGCUGAGGUUAACUUUGAUGAUGAUGUUCACCCGGCGUGUCUGCCAGUUAAUGCACAGCAAUUCCUCCCUGGCACUGCUUGUUGGACGUCAGGCUUUGGUACCACUGAGGCAGGAUCUGGUGUAGUGUCCGAUGAUCUGAUGGAGGUAACUGUGGACCUCAUCGGUACGCAAGUGUGCAACAACCCUGAGGUGUAUGCAGGUGCAGUGACAGAGAACAUGGUCUGCGCCGGACACUUGGAGGGAGGAAGGGAUUCCUGUCAGGGUGACAGCGGUGGACCACUAGUGUGUGAGAUUGACGACGUGUGGUACCUGGUGGGCAUCACCAGCUGGGGGGCUGGAUGCGGUGAGAUCAACAAGCCAGGUGUUUACACCAGGGUGAGCAGUCUUCUGCCUUGGAUCUACACCAACAUGCAGCACGUAAGGCCGUAAUGUCACGUGUUUACCUCCAUUGAGCACUGCGCUGUGAAGCUGUCGUCAAGCAAACGCGGAGGGCGCUCAAUGUAAAACCGAAGACUGACGGAUUAAAAGUGGUGGGGGACGAGGCGCCACCACAGUACCUAACGUCAUGUUUUCAGCUGUGUGACUGUUUCAAAGAUGCACUGAUGACUUGUCUUGCAUUACUUCCUGGUUCUGCCAUGUUUACAUUCAUGUAACACAAGCUUUCAAGAUGGCUGGCCGUCCUCUCGUUUGUUCUUCCACUCCAGUACAGUCAGUGGGAUUGUCCUCAAUGUACAGUGGAGCCUCUACAGUAGAAUGACCCUGACCAACGGGGCCACUGAGAACGAAAGUGGGCUAAUGCCAUUUUGUCAUUCUUGCAGGAGAGUGAUUUUAGUUUUGACUGCAAUCAAAUCUGGGGGCUUUAUCUUGGGGAUUUUUUAUGGCAAUGAUUACUUCGUCUGGAUACUUGUUUUUGAAGAAUAGUGGUUUUCCUCAGGUUUUGGCAUUGUGCAAAAUGUAAGAUAAACUGACACUAUCCACAACUGAGGUACUGUCUUCAGUUUCAUUGGUUGGAUCCUGGACAGUAUCAUCUAGGUAGCCAGAAAGAAAAGAAACUUGGAUUAGAAACAAAAAUAGUGCAAUAAGACUCUAAGACCAAACAUUGUUUCAUGCAAGAUUCUCACAUUCACUUACAGUACGCACUGGUACACGUGCUAAAGUAGUAGGCUCGCCUACUUUUUGAUUUGAUCAAUUUCUGAACCUGGCGGCACGGUGACCGACUGGUUAGCACGUCUGCCUCACAGUUCUGAGUACCUGGGUUCAAAUCCGGCCUCCUGUGUGAGUUUGCAUGUUCUCCCCGUGCCUGUGUGGGUUUUCUCCGGGUACUCCGGUUUCCUCCCACAUCCCAAAAAUCUGCAUCAUAGGUUAAUUCAAGACUCUAAGUGUGAAUGGUCGUUUAUAUGCACUGUGAUUGGCUGGCGUCCAGUUCAGGGUGGACACCACAUCUCGCCCAGACUCAGCUGGGAUAGGCUUCAGCCCGCCCGCGACCCUAGUGAGGAUACGCGGUACGGAAAAUGAAUGAAUGAAUGAAUUUCUGAAUCUCCCUUUCUGGGAUGUUGGCCCAAUGUUGCAAUAAAUCUGGAAAAGUUCUGAGUGCUAUAAUGGAGAAAUGUAACAAAAAAACAUUUUAUGAUGGAAUAAAGUUGAAAUUUUACCUGGA